GUCUGACUACUAAACUGAAUCCUGUACAUUUUUCUCAUAGUACAUGUAGUAACAACACAAUGGCCUGUACAUUACUACAGGCAUUCCUUGUCAUUCAUGGAUUUAUCUCUCUUUCAGCAGGUAAGACACUCUCCCUCUAACCCCCCAAACCUGUUGAUUGGUUUUUGAGGAUGUUUUGUUUAGUCCAGGGUUUUUUUUUUACAGUAAAAAAGAUUAGUAAUUGUUAGAUCAAUUAUUUGAGAAGAGGACGUCUAUUGAUUUUAAAUAGCAUUGAUGGUCACAUUAAUGGAUUGCUAUUGAAUCUGUAAAUUUGAUCACAAUUGAUUUGAGCAAUGUUAGGGAGAAAAUGAACAAUGACUUGGCCAACAAUAAUUUGUUUGAAAAUGUCUCUCUUCUGUGGUGCCUCGAUUAGGUGUUCUCUUGUUAACGUAACAAUGUCAUCUGUUUUUUAACAACUUCCUUUCCAUGAUUUGAUAUCGCAAUUUUAUCUCAUUAUUAGAAUGAUUUGUAUGGAUGUUGUAAAUGCUAUUUAGAUAUUUUAAGAUCAUUAUGUGGUACAAUACUUAUUUCUUUACUUAAAAGUUUUUUUCCAUGUCAAUGUAAUUUUUUUGAUGUCAAUUAUCGUUGAUAUGUAUGUGUAUAAAAUUGUCAUUUGACCAACAUCCUAUUUACUCAAGGAGAAGGCUUAAUCUGACCAUCUGUGUCUAUGAGAUUGUCCCCAGAUAGGCCAUUUGAUUUGAAGAGGUCCUGUUGUUAAAGUAUCUGUGGCCUUUCAGACAGUUGUGGUUUUAGACAUGUUCUGUUUCAAACAACCAGUACACAAGAACAGGAAGCUGUAAUAGAACAAUCUGGGUUACUGUGGCUAACCCAACCAGUUGAACACAUCUUUUCAUACAGUAGCAUUAUUCGAAUUUGAUCCAAGUUAAAAACACUUGGUAGAAGUUGUGACACUUUAUUUUACGGGCCUGUUUUAGAGCGUAUUUGCCAGGUAGUUGGCCUAACUGACAAAUUAUGAGGAACAAUGGACAAUUGUACUUGAAAUUAACUUAUUUUACUUUGAAAUGUAGCAUACUUCUCAUACAAAAAAAAUCUGUAAUAAUUGUAGAUAAAUGUAGAUAAAUGCUUAACCAAAAAUGUCAAUAAUAAUUAUUGAACUAAAUCACAUUUGAUAAUUCUUUAUUUACCCCAAAAUGCAAUAAAUGUAUGGUACCGUCAGCAACAACAGAGAAUUAUUCUGAUAUAUUUUCUUCUCUUCUAUCACAGAUUCAUGCGAAUAUUCUUUCCGAAAUGGAUCUUCCGUCACCAUCCAUCUUAAAUACACUGACUUGAGUUCGAAAGAAUUAACCUGGAAACACAAUGAAAAACUUAUAUUUAAAAGAAGGAAUGGAAAGUUCAUACUAGGCAAGGCUGAGGACAUCGUAGAUGGUGGGUCUCUCCAGCUCAAAGGCCUGAUGUUGAAAGACGAAGGUACUUACAAAGCAGAGGUGUUCGACAGCGACGGGAAAAGCAUCAAAGAGCAGUCCUCCAGACUGUGUAUGGGUAAGUCUCUUUCUUUCACUCUUUCUUUCCAACAAUACAAGAACUGUAUCCUCUCCUUUCGAGACACUGACAACUGCCAUUUUGUUUCUCUCCAGAAAAGGUCUCCAAGCCCUCAGUGAAAUUCACCUGUUCUGCUAAGGACGUCACCUUUACCUGUACCUUGGCCAACACUGAGGGAGUGAAUUUAAAGUGGAGCAGGAACACAAAGACCCUAGAUAGGGAAACAAAGACAACCUUGACCAUCGAUCGGAAAACACUGAAAGCGCCGGACACCUUCACCUGCUCUGCAGCCAACGAGGUCAGCGAGGAGACAAGUGAUGUCAUCAAACCAACAUGCAAAGGUAUAGUAUGUUUGAAGGGCUCAAUUGCAAUUCUCUUUGCGAAUCUCUCCGUCUUCCUCUUUCCCUCAGUUUUUUUCUCUCUCUCUGUUUUUCUUCUUCUGUUUCCAGGAAGAAAGGAACAAAUAUUUAAGAUUGGUGGCGCACCUCAUAACAAAAAAAGGUAAAGUCAAACAUCUUGUUUUUCUCUCCUCUGCUCCACCCCUCAUCCCCCACCCUCCUCUCAGCUGUCUCAGACUCAGGUGUUCCUCGUUUACUGUUUGGUUUUGAUUUCUGGACCAUGGUGGGCAUCCUGGCCGGGGGAGGGGGCUUGGUACUCCUCCUCAUCAUCACCACCUUGGUGUGCUGCUGCCUCAGCCGACGCAAGAGCCAGAUGCGCUUUGAAGGUAAUCGCUUCAGACCAAAGGUCAAACAUCUAUGGCUAUAGUGUUGGUGUUGUGUGAACAGAAACAUUUACGGUAUCUACAGUAUCUUGUCUUUUUUUGGGUACCUCCCUCCCUCAUUUCAUCUGUUCAUUCUCCUUCACAGAGGAACGAGAGUUGAGACUAGCCCCCCUGACCAAGACCCAGCCUCCUUUCCACCCAGAGGGCCAGACAAAGCAUCCUUCUCACCCAGAGGGCCAGAAGCAAAGGCAGAGACCCCCCGGUGGGGCCCCACCUGGUUCCACUGGCCCCAGGCCCACAGCCAGAGCCUCCAGCCAGGCAGCGCCCCAACCCAGAGCCCAGGCUCGAGAGAGGCCUCCACAGAUACCAAUGGAUGACGAUGAGGAGCAGCCCCCACCGCUACCCCAGCCCAGGAAGAAAGGCCCUCACCCCCCCAGGCAAUGAGUCUGGAAAACAGGUUUAGCCUAUAUACUUUUUGAUCCAAGGAAAGGAGUUCCAACAGUCUACAUGUUGAAAAUGUUAUUAUCUAAAGAAUAGAAAAGGAAGGAAAAAAUACCCAGUGUUCUAUUCUACAAAUUAAUAUAGAUUAUUUUUACACUCAUUUUUAUAUAAAUUAAAUGUUUUUCUUCCAAUGCCUUUUCAAAAUUAUGUGUCAUUGUUUUUAUGUGUUGAGUUGAGUGCUUAGCAAAAUCAUCCAUAGGUUGUAGCCUAUCUAUCUAUCCACCUCCUCUUGAAUUUGUGACCUUAACUUGAUGUCUGUGUGGUUGUCAAUAAAAACUAAAGAAUUACAGGUACAUAGUCAUUGACUCAAUUAUGUUAUUGCCGACCACAGAGCUAAUGAUGAAGCUGUGCUGAG